AUGUCCCGUAACGGAACCACCCUUUACGUGACCGGCUUCAGCCACGGCACUCGCGCACGCGACCUCGCGUACGAAUUCGAGCGCUAUGGCCGUCUGGUCCGGUGCGACAUUCCGGCUCCGCGGUCCGCUAGCAGCAGACUAUUUGCUUUCGUGGAGUACGAGGAUCGCCGCGAUGCGGAUGACGCGUACCACGAUAUGCAUAACAAGCGCAUUGGUCGCGACGAUAUCUUGAAGAUCGAGUGGGCUCGCACCCCGCCGUCUGCCUCGUGGCGCUUCGACCGUACCGAUCGGGACCGUGGCCCGCGUCGCUCGUCUCCCCGCCGUCGCUCGCCUAGCCCGCGCCGUCGCGACUACUCGCCCCGGAAGGAUGAUCGUCGUGACCGUGACCGCGACCGAGACUACGACCGCGACCGCCGCGACACCCGUGACCGUUCCCGCAGCCCUGACCGCGAUCGGGACCGCGACAUGAAGGACGACCGUGACCGCGACCGUGACCGUGAUGACCGCGACCGUCGCGAGAACGGCGCCAACGGUGAUGACAGAAAGCCCAUCGACAGCCCCGACCGCCCGGCCCACGAUGAUCUCGAUGUCGCCGAGUAG